GCAGCCCGGAAGAGACGCCGCGCCGCGCAUGCCUCUUCCUUUCCAGCUUCGGCCCCGGACGCUGCAGCCGUAGCGAACCGCGCACCCCAAGUUGCCUUCUUGCCUGGCCAUGGAGCUCUAGUAUGGGAGAAGAGUGGUAGGCUGUGACUACUUCAGCGCUUUGGUUUGGGGUCUGCGGCCUGUCAUGAGUCGAGGGCUCUCCUCAGGGUCCUUCCCGCGCACCUGAAGAUGUUGAUGCCCAAGAAGAACCGGAUUGCCAUUUAUGAACUCCUGUUUAAGGAGGGAGUGAUGGUGGCCAAGAAGGAUGUCCACAUGCCUAAGCACCCGGAGCUGGCAGACAAGAACGUGCCCAAUCUUCACGUCAUGAAGGCCAUGCAGUCUCUCAAAUCACGAGGCUACGUGAAGGAACAGUUUGCCUGGAGACAUUUCUACUGGUACCUAACCAAUGAGGGUAUCCAAUAUCUCCGGGAUUACCUCCACCUGCCCCCUGAGAUCGUGCCUGCCACCCUGCGCCGCAGCCGUCCUGAGACUGGCAGGCCACGGCCCAAAGGUCUGGAGGGAGAGCGACCUGCAAGGCUCACACGAGGGGAAGCCGACAGAGACACCUACAGACGCAGCGCUGUGCCCCCUGGUGCCGACAAGAAAGCCGAGGCUGGGGCUGGGUCAGCAACCGAAUUCCAGUUUAGAGGCGGAUUUGGUCGUGGACGUGGUCAGCCACCUCAGUAAAGUUUGAAGAGGUUGUUGUGUGGUGAAUAAACCUGUAGGUGAAUCUUG